ACGUCCAUCAAGCAAAAUGCGUAAACAAUUACCAACUCCAAGGGGAAAAUUCAAAAUGCCUGGAAAAAGAAGACGAUACAAUGUUCGAUUUCCACCUGGUCGCAUUAAGAAGAUUAUGCAGAAGGACACCGAGGUGGGAAGAAUGGCCAUGGCCGUGCCAGUAGUCAUUUCUAAAGUCUUGGAGAUGUUUCUGAGGUCGCUUCUCACCAAGGCCAACCUCAUCACACAAUCUAGGCAUAGCCGAACUCUGUCAGUUAACCACGUGAAGCAGUGCAUAGACUCAGAGAGGACAUUUGAUUUCCUAAGGGCCUUAGCAGAUCAGGCCUAUGCCACCUCCUCAACCAAAGAGAGUCAAGAGAAGGGGAGUUGGUCACAGCACAGGCGGAGGUGGCAGGAUAUUCCUGUGAAAGCAAAGCCAUCUAAAAUGGAAGAGGCUCCUAAGUCGAAGAUGGCCAUCCGAGAGCCUCUCUAUGAUGACAACUCCUCCAGUGAGUCAGAGCUGUAUAUCUGUUUGGAUACAUAGUCAUGAACACGUCCUCCUAACAUUACAGCAUCUCUGGAAACUGAUGUUUGAACUGCGGUGAAGACCCAACAAUAAUUUUGGUUUUGAACUUCAAUAUUGGUGAUUUAUUAUUUGUGGGGGUGAAAGUAUUAAGGGGUCUAAUUCAAUUUAAUAUAUCUGCAGAAAAAGUUUAAUGAUAAUGAUAAUGAUAUGUAUAUAUAUGUGUGUGUAUAAUAUGUAAGUAAGAACUUUAUUUGAAUGUUUUCUGAAGGUUGGAUGGGGAAAUCUAUGCUCUGUAUCUAUCUAUUUGUUUGUUCUUGUUGGCUCCUUUACAAGUGGUACAAAUAUCUAUGAAGUCAUUAUCAGCACCAUCUCUAUGAAUUGAGAAUACUAUGUGGUUGUUCAUAUCACAACCUCUUGUGAAACUGACUAAUUUCAUGAAGGUAAUAAUAAUGUAUCGGUUGGCUUAAUCAUGAAUUCUUUAUCAAUCCUAAAGUUUCAAGUGUUUGCAUUGUGUGACAAGUUAUACAACAGACACCAGUUCAUAAUUCAAAAGCUUUAUUCAGAUUUUCAUGGGUUACCCAUUCCUGUACACAUCUUAGUGGCUCUUUUGUCUAUUUCCUGUUUGAACUAUGCAUAUGUUGUACAUUAAAAUGUACAGUGCCA